CCAUACAAUACAUUCGAUGGCCCAGGUUUCCCUGCAUGUAACGCUGUUUCUCAGGUAUACAGACCCUCUACCGUCGAUGAGAUGGUUUCUAUCGUGAAAGACGCGAGUCAGCGGGGUGUCCCUGUUCGUGCCAGUGGUAAUGGGCAUAUGUGGUAUGACACGAUGUGUUCUGAUGAUUCUCGUACGGUUAUUAUCAAGACGGACGCUGUCAACAAGAUUUCGGACUUAGCGUUGAAUAAUGGGCAGGGAAGCGUGGUUGUUGAAGCUGGUGUUACGUUUCCGCAGCUGGCGGAGUGGCUUCACGCUCGAGGCGCAUCGCUUGGGUAUACACUUGUAAAUUGGAACAUCACUAUUGGCGGCGCAAUGGCAAUGGGCGCCCAUCGCUCCUCAUUGAGAGAGGAUUCUCAAGUCUCAAAAUUCCUCGUUGCAGGUGAUCUUGUACAUCUUGAAAAGGAUCAAUCGAACGAUACGUGGCUUGCUGCCACCACGUCUCUUGGACUUUUGGGCGUCCUGGCGCGGAUCAAGAUGGAAGUUGUAGCCGACUUCAAGGUCUUCGCGAACCAAGAAAUUCUUAGUGAAGAUGAGGUAUUAAAUGGCGAUAUCUACGUGCAGAUAUCACCAUACGUUACUGCCAAUUACUGGUGGUGGCCUGGCAUCAAGAAGUUUCAUCGUCGCACAUAUGGGGUUGUUCCCAUCACUAAACACGGGAAUGCCUUCCAGUCCACGUUUUCUCUCAGUCAGCUAGAAGCCAGCGCCGCCCUAGGCCUCUUGAACGGAGGUCAAAAUCUCAGUGCGCCCAAUUUCAUUGCGGAAGGCAUCUUCUUUGGUUUAUGGAGUGUACCAAAUUUCCAUGAUAAAAAGACGAACCUACCCCUGCUGCUGUGGCCAGUUUAUGGUUACGCGUAUGAUGUUUUGAUCGGGGGGUUGUAUCCAAAUACCAAAGCCGAAUGGGAUUACGGCUUACAUGGACUUACUCUGGAACUGGCGGUCCCUGUUGUGCAGGCCAACCGACUUCUCAGGCGCGUAAGGGAGUUGUUCGAUGAGGCUGCGGCCCAGGGGAAACCAGUCACUUCGACGUACCGAAGCGGGAUCAAUAUCAAAUUUGGAAAACCCUUCGACAGUUUACUAGGGCAGACAACGCAAAGGGUGGGGAAUGUGACCGCUGACUGGUCGAAAGGGGCCAUGAUGUUUGACUUCCCGACGUUCAGGCCGAAUACUGGCGAUCACCAUCGGUACAACGAGGAGUAUGGCAAAUUGGCACAGACGUUGAUUAAUGAGUUUCCUACUCGGCCUCACUGGACAAAGUGCACAAGGGACGUCUUGAAGCAAUCUGUCAAAAAUUUGAAUCAGGAGUCCCUUUCGAAGUUCGCUGCGAUUCGUGAACAGUUUGAUCCUGAAAAGACGUUUAAGAGUGUCGUUGGGGAAAUAAUCGGUGCUGUGUAA